GGUCGAAUGUGACUCACGGAGCAGGGCAGCCUUGUUUUGCUAAAUCCGCAACUUGAGAGGGAAAAUGGGGGAUAAUCUUGGUUUGGACGUAUCUUUCCAGGAUAGCAAGGCGGCUUACAUUUUGAGUAAUGUGGCGGAAGUCGUCGAGCGAAUUCUUACAUUCGUCCCCACCAAAUCGCUUCUUCAAAUCGCCAGCGUGUGCAGGCUAUGGAGCAACUGUGCCCGUAGAGUGCUGAGAACUCAGCAGCAGUUGACGUGGGUGUCAGCCUGUGGGCCCUCCGGCUCAGAGGGACACGCCCUCUGUAAGGUCCUGACGGAAGAAGUAGAGAAAGUAUUUCUCCUGCCCAAAAACGUUCUCGCCAUGGUGGAUUGUGAGGCUUUCAAUGGACAAUCACCCUGCUACAGACAGAAUAAGGCAAAGAGGAGUCGCCACAGUCAAGGCACAGUUGAGGAUCUCUUCCAACUCUUUCCUCGAAAUUGUGACGUCAUGGGCAUUGCUACACCGGGCAUCGUCUUGACUCCCACUGGCUCUGGCUCCAGGCCUCCAGAGGAGCACCAGGAAGGGGAGGCCGGCUUUGCCAUCAUGUUCCCCAGCAUGGAGGGCGUCCACAUCAAACCAUUUCACUUUUGCAAGAAGACCCUCUCACCAACCGCUUUGAAAGAAGCAGGACUAGUAGACAACCCAGAGCUACGAGUGGUCCUCCUCUUUGUAUAUGAGGCAUAUCGAUCUGGAGGGGCACACUUCCUUAACCAAAUACUGGAUCCUCUCGCUAAGAGCAAAGCUCUGAUCACAGGAGGACUGGUAGAAAGCGUCUUCUCUCCCAGCAGAUACUGCUGUAGCCAGGGUGUGUGCGGCGUGGUGGGCCUGGCCCUGAGUGGCCCCAAAGUGCAGGGAGCGUCGGUGCUCCUGGACCAGGAUGUCGUCAACCCCAAAACGGCCGAAGCUACCAUCCGGAGGCUGAAGGCCGCCAAGAUCCCCGAGAGGAACACGCUGGGGUUCAUGUUUGCGUGCGUGGGGAGAGGCAUGAAUUACUACAACCAGAGCAACGUGGAGGCCGACGCCUUCCGAAAGGUCUUCCCCAAUGUGCCUCUCUUUGGCCUGUUUGGCAACGGUGAAAUCGGUUGCGACCGCAUUGUUAAAGACGACUACACGCUGUGUGACACUGACACGGACUGUCUCCAGCAUGAGUACACCACAGUCAUGACGCUGGUCCAUUUGGGUUGACUGUUGGAGGCAAAGCUGGAAACAUUCAACCGUAUGCCUACUGGAAGGCAUCAGAGGUAACUCUUCAGCGACAACAUGUGGUAUCACACACCUGUUAAAACUGAGGUUAAUAUCCACCAUACUCUUUAGCAUCCUCCUAUGAUGUACUGUAGCUCUUUUGUAAAAUUUGUGUAAAUUAUUUGCACACAUGCAGAUGUUGGGUCGAUUCUAAGGGUUUUUGCUUUCCCCUUGUUUAACCCAACCUAUGGAAAAGGCACUUUUUCUUCAUGUAUGACGAAUGUCAAUUUUCUGCCACAAAGUCAAAGCGGUCACAAUGGUACACUAUAUGGACAUAAGUAUUUGGACACCUGGCCGUUACACCUAAAGCAAGAGAAAAUGGAAAAAAAAUACGGAUCUGUCACUGUCCUGGGAAUUUUUUUUAGAUGAUUUGGACAGAUGUGCGGCACGGCGGUUUACUGGUUAGCGCGCAGACCUCACAGCUAGGAGACCAGGGUUCAAUUCCACCCUCGGCCAUCUCUGUAUGGAGUUUGCAUGUUCUCCCCGUGCAUGCGUGGGUUUUCUCCGGGUACUCCGGUUUCCUCCCACAUUCCAAAAACAUGCUAGGUUAAUUGGCGACUCCAAAUUGUCCAUAGGUAUGAAUGUGAGUGUGAAUGGUUGUUUGUCUAUAUGUGCCCUGUGAUUGGCUGGCGACCAGUCCAGGGUGUACCCCGCCUCUCGCCUGAAGACAGCUGGGAUAGGCUCCAGCACCCCCCGCGACCCUUGUGAGGAAAAAGCGGUAGAAAAUGAAUGAAUGAUUUGGACAGUGUCCAUUCAUCCAGAAAAUAAUUUCUAAGGUCAGAUGUCAGAUGUUCUUCCACACUAAACUCAAAGGAACAGAAAAGAACAUUUCCUGAACCAUUCCCAAGUUGUAACUCUUGAAUUGUCUAGAAAUGCUGGAGAAUUGCUGAAAAAUGCAGGGACCUGCCCUUGCUUAAUUUAGAAAUCUCUUUUGUCCAUGAAACAUACAAACUAAGUGAGUUCUAUCUUGUGGAACCAAUUAAGCAAUCAAACUACAAA